AUGAGUGGAAGAGGCAAAACCGGCGGUAAAGCCCGAGCAAAGGCCAAGACUCGCUCCUCCAGGGCGGGACUGCAGUUCCCCGUCGGCCGUGUCCACAGGCUCCUUCGCAAGGGAAACUACGGCGAGCGCGUCGGUGCCGGAGCUCCUGUUUAUCUGGCGGCGGUACUCGAGUAUCUCACCGCUGAGAUCCUGGAGCUGGCCGGAAACGCCGCUCGGGACAACAAGAAGACCCGCAUCAUCCCCCGUCACCUGCAGCUGGCGGUGCGUAAUGACGAGGAGCUCAACAAACUUCUGGGCGGAGUGACCAUCGCUCAGGGCGGCGUGCUGCCCAACAUCCAGGCCGUGCUGUUGCCCAAGAAGACCGAGAAACCCACCGCCGGUAAGGGAGGAAAGAAGCGCAGAAAGUCCAGGAAGGAGAGCUACGCCAUCUAUGUCUACAAAGUCCUGAAGCAGGUCCACCCUGACACCGGCAUCUCCUCCAAGGCGAUGGGCAUCAUGAACUCUUUCGUCAACGACAUCUUCGAGCGCAUCGCCGGUGAGUCGUCUCGCCUUGCGCACUACAACAAGCGCUCCACCAUCACUUCCAGAGAGAUCCAGACCGCCGUGCGUCUGUUGCUGCCCGGUGAGCUGGCCAAACACGCCGUGUCCGAGGGCACAAAGGCCGUCACCAAAUACACCAGCUCGAAGUGAGGCGUGCCCGACUUCAACUACCCCAAAGGCUCUUUUAAGAGCCACACAUCUUCUCAGAUAAAGAGCUUUUGUUUGUUAUCUAAUGCUUUUAAUUCUAUGAGAACUUUGAGUGCGUUGAUAUAACACACUAAUUUGGGUUUCUGAGGAGAUUUAGGCUGAGCUCGUUUUAUAAUCCUAAUCCACCCCUUUCAGUCUGUCGUAUAUUUUAAAAACACGUUUAUCCUUUUCUUCCUUGCUCUAUAUAAAUGGCCUAAACUACUGUCGGUAUUUUAUAUCUUGUGUAAAUCUCAUCAGACACCAAACCGCGAGCUGUUCCUUACAUAUGAAAGUCACUCAACUGUUUUACCUUUACCUUUGUUUUUCUAAUUUCAUCAGCCAUGUGUGCAGAUACACGUUAAAUACAAAAAACUUUUAUUUCCAUGUAUUUACUAUUCAUG